GAUACAGAAUACCAGAAUAGUGCUUUACUGCUCUGCAAGGCCACCAUCCCCCUCCCAGCACAGAGCCUCUGCUGCCACAGCACCCAAGACAUUUGUUUGUAGUGGAGGAAGGCUGGAAUUGCCACUCUAGCACAGGAGUGCAGCUGUAUCCACACCCACCAGUGCUACAGCUACAAAACCUUUUUGUGAUCCUCCUUGGAAAUUCCCAGGCCAAGGCCCUUGGUUCUGCCUGUACAAAGAUCAGUUAUGCACGUGCAGCAGUCAGGAGUGUUUGGGACACUGCUCACAUGCACCAGCUUCCCUGGACUCUGCUGCUGCCACUCCCAUCAGGAAUGCUGGCAGGUACAGAUUACCACUUUGGCUAUGAGGAACUAACCAGCAGGUCUCCAAGGCCGGGGGGUGGCACAUCCACUCUACCAACCCCUCAUCAUGCAAGGAGCAGAGACCUGUGGAGAGCAGAGCUCCAGGGAGCAGAGCAGGCAAUGGAUCCCCCAGAGGGCUGGCACUGGCACCUCAAGUCCUGCCUGGUCCUCAGCUGAGACUGGUGCAUUUGGCCUUCAGAUUCUCAACAGUGUACCAGGUUCCCUGCCCAUGGCACAAAGUUGGACUUAGAUGACCUUUGAAGACUGUUCCAAGCCCAGCCAUUCUGUGAUUAUCAAUCAUAUUAUUCAGAUCAACAGACUUUAUUAGAGAAACUGUUGGGUUUGUACUGAUUACACAGAGUCUAAAGAGGAAAUCUGUUUAGACUUCUGUAUGCCUUACACACAAACAUAUUUAGAAGAGUGGUUGUUAAAUACAGAGCAGUCAUGAUCUUACUGCAGUGAGUUAAAAAAUGUGCUUUGCUCUGCAAAUUCAUGCCAGAUCAAUUGAUUAUUUUCUCCUUCCAUAUGAAAAUGUUUAUGUGGGUCUUUCUGAAAACUUUGACUUUUCAAAUAGCUUAUGAAGACAAAUUUUACUUCUAGGUAGUACUGGCAGUCUUGCUCAAAACUCAGUCAUGAUCUCAGCCUUUCACAAAGCUUAGGGCAUUUUUCCCCCAGGAAAUCUCUCUUUUGUCUUCCCCUCUGAUUUCAAAGAAUCGAGACUGCUUUACAGCAAUUCCAAAAAGCAGCUGAAUGUUACCACUAUAUGUCAGCAGCAAUGAAGAUGACUGACAGAGAGGCUGCUAAUGCUUAUGGAAUGUGGGUCAGUCUGCAACUGAGCCACUGAUUUUUCUAGAUCCCUAUAAUAUUUGGUGUAACUUCAUGGAUUCAUCAAUAGACAUUCUGGGUAAUACACUGAUAUUGGGGAAAUCUGACACUCAGACAAACACAUUUUGUUUUUUAGUUAACAAAUUGAAAUUUCUUCCUCUAAUUUAACUCCUGUAGAAGCACAAUGCUUUUCCAUGGUUAAACCAACCAUGCCAGCUGCUGCCCAGGAGCAGAGGACACACAGCUUUCUUUAAGGCUUGUUCCAUUUCAAACUGGAGCUAAUGACCAUCUUUCCAGUCACCACCACCAUCCUCUCUCUUAACACUGCAGCCCAAUCAGUUUUGGAAGCAAAGGUCCCAAACUGACACAAAAACUCACUUGAUAGCCCUAAAAGAUUUUUCAGCCACAAAGCUCUGCAGGCAGGGCUGCAGCCAUGAGACACAGCAAGUGCCUUCCAUGACUGAGGCUGCAGCUGCUGCUGGCUGUGGUUGUGUCAGUGCUGGUGCCCCAGGAGUGGUGAUGCUGCACCCAACUCUGACUUGGGGAGCAAUCUUUAAAGUUUCUGGGGAGAAUGGAUUUAGGGGAAAAGGGAAUAAGGCAAAAAAAAUCCCAUGUGUGUAACUCCACAGCUUGGCAGCUUGAGAGGCACCUUGCCAGAGCAGGAACCUGAUAAUUUGGCCCAUUGUGAUGGGGACAAAUGAGAUUAAUUAAGAGUUUUGCAGCUCAGUCAUGGCUUGGCCAGUGAGUUCAGGAAUAUUUAUUUGGAUUAUAAAACAGGUGGCAGAGAUAUCCUGGUCGGAUGCCAAACUGAAACUGUUCCCAAAUGUCAAUUCAUCAAUAUUUUAGUUUAGAAACAUCAUAAUCAAGAUAUUGCCACAUGCUUUGUUUUAUUCCCAUGGGGAGUCACCUCUCCUGUAUGCACUGUUUCUGACACUUCCUGUAUAUAUAAUGGUGAUGAAUUUAUUUCUGUAUGGAUUUUUCUCCUGUGUAUUUAAAAAUAAGAAUGUUUAUUUUAUUGAUAAGCAACUUUCUGAUGUGUUUUCUUUUUAGGAACCAAUAGAUAAAAUACUUAGAUGAGCUUUUGUCUUCUGUAAUUUCAUAAAUUCAGCAUUUGAAAUUAUUAAGCAAACCAGCAAAACAUGUGGGAGGUUUCAGCAGUUUAAGACAACCCAUGCAAUGAUGCAAAGUAAUCCAUGGAAAAUGAUACCUGUGGUUUUAAGAUUGUUAUAGUAACCACUACCCUGGGUAAAGUUUUGGUUUUGCACUCAGCCAAUUAUAGCAGGUCUUAGGCAAGAAUACAAGAACUCACAUGUUGUAAUGCAGAGUUGAUUAAAAUAAGUAAGAAACAUUAAUUAAACUAUGAAGGUGCCAGAGAGUUUGCAGCUUUAUCACAAUGGUAAAUAACUCCCCUGGCAUGUCAAUGUAUUAUGUGCAUUAAAAGGUAUUCCCAGGUCAGUGAAUGCUGGUUCAAUGCUGCCCUCUAUAGGAGACUUCUUUUUUUUUAAAUAGAAGCAAAUUUUAUGCAAAUUUUAUGCUGUGACAGUGUCUCUUAAUUUACAGCACACAUGACUUUUGUGUAACAAAUAUUUGAAUAUAUAUUUGUAAAACCAGGAGUGCAUGGAUAGAAACUUUAAUUUUUUUCACAUCUGGUAUUUCUUUCUUGGGAAAUACCAUUGUAUUCUCACGUUUUUUCAGUCUCACUGCCGCCCAGAUAAUUUUCAAUGUUACUCAAAUAAAAUCUACCUAUAGUUGGUGUCCUGACACAUUUCUAUUUUUAAAAUUUUGAGCAUGGAAGCUCUGAAUUUCCUUUGUAGGCAAGGGAUUUCUCUCUAAGAUAUGCAAAAUGUUAGUAACUACAAAUGAUGAAGAUACAAGAAUUUAAAUGUCCCCAAACCACUCGUCCUGGAUAAACAGUGCAGGUAUGUGGCUGAAUUCAGACCAGUGAGUUUGGUUCCAGUGUGCUCUAGCAGAGGAAGGAGUGCCCUCAGCAGUGUCCAGGGGUGGAAAGAACCUCAGUAUUGCUUUGUUUAAUUUGAAACUCCUGCUUUUUACCUGUUCAGGACAGGCUGACAUGCUGAGCAGCACAGCCAGCCUUGCAGAGGUUUAACCAGAAGAUUUUCAAGUGAGAAGUUACAUAUAUGGAUAAUUUCAAAAGGCCUGUGACACUCUAGCUUGCCAAGGCAAUCACUGUGGCACACACUGAACCUGGCAAUUUUACAGAAGUGUUUAUGUAAGCAUAUUUCUUGACUCUUUUGCAAUAGUGUUUUUUUUUGUUUUGUUUUGUUUUUUUAACAAAAAGGAGGGGGCAGAGAGAAACAUCUGGUCAUUUGUAGUUAGUUCAGUCUCAGUGUCAUUUACUGGAGUCACCUGCCUUCAAACUGUGUCCCUGGCACUGCACUGGACCUGGCCAUAAUUAGUGCAGUUAGAAAUACCCCAGAGCUCCACUUGGGGUAAUCUAUUGCACACUGAAGCAAAACACUCUUCUUGCAAGCUGUUUUUUUCUAAUGACCCAGUGAAGAUCGUGAAGGCAAAGGGCCAGUAUAUGUAUGAUGAGAAUGGGAGACAGUACCUUGACUGCAUAAACAAUGUCGCUCACGUUGGGCACUGUCACCCUGAUAUAGUAAAGGCAGCCCAUGAACAGAAUCAAUUGUUAAAUACAAAUUCUCGUUACCUUCAUGACAACUUGGUUGAUUAUGCAGAGAGACUUUCAAAAACACUACCUGAGAAAUUAUGCAUCUUCUAUUUUUUGAAUUCUGGAUCUGAAGCCAAUGACCUUGCCCUGAGGUUGGCACGGCAGUACACAAAACAUGAGGAUGUUAUCGUUUUAGACCAUGCUUACCAUGGACAUCUGACAUCUUUGAUUGACAUAAGCCCAUAUAAAUUCAGAAAUCUAGAAGGACAAAAGGAAUGGGUCCACGUGGCUCCUGUUCCAGACACAUACAGAGGACUUUAUAAAGAAGACCACGAAGAUGCAGUAACAGCCUAUGCUGAUGAAGUAAAAAAUAUUAUUGAGCAUGCACAUAAGAGAGGGAGAAAGAUUGCUGCAUUUUUUGUUGAAUCUCUACCAAGUGUGGGUGGUCAAAUCAUUCCCCCAGCAGGUUAUUUUCAGAAGGUUGCAGAGCAUGUGCACAAGGCAGGAGGUGUAUUUAUUGCUGAUGAAAUUCAAGUUGGCUUUGGCAGGGUUGGCAAGCACUUUUGGGCAUUCCAGCUUCAGGGAGAAGAUUUUACACCUGAUAUUGUCACUAUGGGGAAACCAAUAGGAAAUGGGCACCCACUUGCUUGUGUAGCAACAACAAAAGAAAUUGCAGAAGCAUUUGCAGCCACAGGAGUAGAGUAUUUUAAUACAUUUGGUGGGAACCCCGUUUCAUGUGCCAUUGGAUUAGCUGUAUUAGAUGUGAUUGAGAAGGAACACCUUCAGGCUCAUGCCACAGAGGUAGGCAACUUCUUGAUGAAGAUACUCAAGGAGCAGCAAAUCAAGCAUCCCAUCAUUGGUGAUGUCAGAGGUUGUGGCUUAUUCAUUGGAGUGGACUUAAUCAAGGACCAAGCAGAAAGGACUCCAGCCACAGCAGAAGCAGAGGAAUUAAUAACAAGACUUAAGGAAAGAUAUAUUCUACUGAGUACAGAUGGGCCAGGAAGAAAUGUGCUGAAAUUCAAACCCCCAAUGUGUUUUAAUAUGGAGGAUGCAAAAUUUGUUGUGGAGACAAUUGACAAAAUACUAACAGAUAUGGAAAAAGAAUGUCUGAACCAAUAGAAAACACCUGUUUGUUCUACCUGAGCAGGUUUCAAACAAUGUUCAGGAUCUACUACUAAGAAACAUUAUUCUACUAUAAUAAUGCACAUUUAAUCUUCAUCCUAGCAUGUCUUAGACCAGAUAAGUCACCUUUGAUUUUUCUGUUUAUCAUUUAUCUUGUUUUUAGUAAAAGCUCUAAGAGAAAUAAAUUUUACAAGAGCUUGUCUCAA